UUAAUUAUUUUUUUUUUCUUCUUGAGCUUGUUUGAGGAUCAUGAAUGAGAUGAAGCCUUAUAUUGUUGUCAUUCUGAUACAAUUUAUAUAUACCGGGAUGCCUAUCAUUUCAAAAGCAGCCUUAGACAUCGGUUUGAGUCCGUUUGUGUUCGUCUUCUACCGACAAGCCUUUGCCACAGUCAUGCUAGUUCCUCUGUCAAUAAUUCUUGCUAGGAAAAAGGCUCCUCCACUAUCAUUCAGGUUACUGUUCAAGAUGUUCAUCCUUGCAUUAAUAGGGAUGGAAGCUCUGAAGGUGAAGAGCAAGUCAGGGAUAGCCAAGGUUCUCGGAAUAACACUUUGCUUGGCUGGAAUACUGAUGAUUGCCUUCUAUACAGGACCUCAGCUGAACCACCAUGAACCUUAUCACCAUAGUCAACAACCCACACACUCCUCUAGAACAUGGAUUAAAGGCUCCUUCUUAAUGAUCUCUGCCAGCACAGUCUGGUCCCUCUGGCUAACAUUACAGAAGAUACUUCUGAAGGAGUACCCUUCAAAGCUACUCUUCACAACCAUGCAGUGCAUGUUCAGCUCGAUCCAAUCAUUCAUCGUCGCUAUCCUGUUCGAAAGAAAUAUUGCUCAAUGGAAGCUUCACUUUAACAUGAGACUGCUUGCAGUUGCAUACAGUGGUUUCAUUGUCAGUGGUGUUUCAUUCUACCUGCAAUCUUGGUGCAUUGAAAGGAAAGGUCCUGUAUUUCUAUCCAUGUGGACACCAUUAGCAUUUGUUUUCACCAUCAUAGGUUCAUCAUUCAUCUUAGUUAACCCAAUCUACUUGGGAAGUGUUUUAGGUGGAGUUUUUAUGGUUGGAGGCCUUUAUAGUGUUCUUUGGGGAAAGAUCACGGAAAGUAGAAUUAAUGCAGAACAAUGUAUAUUGGAGGAGGAGAAAGUGUGCAAUGAGGAAAAAGAAACAGCAUCAUCUCCAUGUCCCCACGUUUGAUUGAUUUUCAGUAUCCAAUUAAAACUUCUCAUUGUUCAAUGGA